UGCGGUCCGGGAGGCCGGGUUCCAUUUAAGAGCACCGGGCCAUCUUCACUCUGCAGGCUACAUUGAUCGAUCAGAGCUGCAUGAUUCAGAGUGCAGAGCUCUUCAUUUGCUAGGUCGAGAAGUGCCGCUCGCCGUUCUUGGUUUCUUUUACAUUGGAGCGAGAUGGGAAGGUUAGCCAUAGCUGGGUCGGUGAUGCUGCUGCUGCUGCUGUGCACAAUGUGCAGAAUGGCGCUUGGAAUUACUGACGGUCUGCUGCCGAACGGCAACUUCGAGCGCGGGCCGCUGCCGUCGCAGCUGCGGGGGACGCGGGUGGUGGGCGCGUCGGCGAUCCCGUCGUGGCAGACAUCGGGGUUCGUGGAGUACGUCCCGUCGGGGCGGAAACAAGGGGACAUGGUGCUGGUGGUGCCCGAGGGCGCCUACGCCGUGCGGCUCGGGAACGAGGCGUCCAUCCGGCAACGGCUCCACGGCGCCACCCGCGGCGCGCGCUACUCACUCACGUUCAGCGCCGCGCGGACGUGCGCGCAAGCCGAGCGGCUGAACGUGUCGGCGUCAGGGCAGUCGGGCGUGCUCGCCAUGCAGACCAUGUACAGCAGCAACGGUUGGGACUCGUACGCCUGGGCCUGGGUCGCCGACGCCGACGAGGUCGAGGUCGUCAUCCACAACCCCGGCGUCACUGAGGACCCCGCCUGCGGCCCGCUCAUCGACUCCGUCGCCAUCAAGACCCUCAACCCCCCUCGCCGCACCAACAAGAACCUGGUGAAGAAUGGUGAUUUCGAGGAGGGACCGUACAUCAUCCCGGGGACGAAGUGGGGGGUGCUGAUCCCGUCGCGCGUGGUGGACGACCACUCGCCGCUGCCGGGUUGGAUGGUGGAGUCGCUCAAGGCCAUCAAGUACAUCGACGGCGACAGCUUCGCGGUGCCGCGCGGGAGGCGCGCCGUGGAGCUGCUGGCCGGGAAGGAAAGCGCGAUCGCGCAGGUCAUCCGCACCGUGCCCGGGAGGCAGUACGUUAUGUCCUUCACCGUCGGCGACGCCAGCAACGCCUGCCGCGGGUCGCUCAUGGUGGAGGCCUACGCGGGGAGGGAGUCCAGCAAGGUGGCGUACGAGUCGUCGGGGCGGGGCGGCGUCAAGCGCGCCGUGCUGCCGUUCCGCGCCGCGUCGGCGCGCACGCGACUCGUGUUCUUCAGCUCGUUCUACAGCACCAGGAGCGACGACCUCAGCUCGCUCUGCGGGCCGGUGCUCGACGACGUCGCCGUCGUCAGCGUGCGCGCGCGGCCGUUCGGCCUGCCGAAGCGCAGCUAGAGAGCAAGCAGCCGGAUCGGGGCCGGGCGGGCGUGAGAGAUGGAGAUAAUUUUCUUGCUGUUGCGAGCGCGGUUGCUUACCGUGUUGCUGCUCGUUGAGCUGACAUGUGCAUCGAGAAAUUGUUCGAGCCAGGAAGCCUUCUGACAUUCCAUAUGGUCUUGUUUCAUGGUAGAACGGAUCAGGUUUGUUAUAAUCCACUCGAGCAAAAAAUUGAGUUAUUGUUCUCACGCCUGGAUUACAUCGAGAUUAGUGCUCAGCCACC